AUGACCAGCUACGAAAUUCAAGUGAAGACAGGGGAUAGACUGGGAGCGGGUACAGAUGCCAACAUAGAGAUAGUUCUACUGGGAAGCUGUGGGGAGCAAACAGAGUCGGCCAAUAUCGACUGUUUGUUUAAAGAUGACUUUGAACGAUGCAAGACCGAUGUCUUUACUAUACAAGAUGAGACAGAUAUUCCUGAAGUAAAUGAGAUCAAGUUACGAAGAAACAAAGCGGGUUUAUUCAGCGAUUGGUUCGUUGAAAAAGUAGAAGUAACCAAUCAGAAAAGCGGAAAGACUAGUGUUUUCCCAAUACUUCGGUGGAUUCGCCCUGACGUUGACCUCUAUGUUGGACGAUAUGAUGUCUCUCUGCCACAGUUUGAUCCUCGGCCGCAACAGCGCAGUGCUGAGUUGGAUGAGAAAAGAAGCUUCUACGAGUAUGAGGAGAAAAAGCCAGGAUUACCCGUACAGGUUAAAAAUGUUCCUGAGGAUGAAGUGUUCUCUUUUUCUUAUAAGUUUGAUCUGCUACAAAGAAAAUACAGUUUGAAGGCGGGAAAAGCCUUGGAGAUGAUUUUUGGUGAUGGAUCAUGGAAAACUUUAGACGACUUGACAGGUGUCUAUUCAGAAACAUUUGGAGAACCGAAGGGGAUGCAGGAUUGGGAGAGUGAUAUAAGUUUUGGAUGGCAGCGAUUAAACAGUGUCAACCCCAAUCUGAUUCGGCUCUGUACACAUAUACCAGACAAGUUCGGGGUGACCGAAGAAAUGAUCAAACCUUUUCUAGAUGGAUUGACUUUAUCCCAAGCUAUCACUGACAAACGUCUGUUUAUCAUUGAUCUUGAAAUAUUGGAUGGAAUUUCUCUAGUCGAUGGUUAUAUUUGUCCGAUUCCCAUCGCCCUCUUCUUCGUUAACAGUAAAAAUCAACUAUUGCCAGUUGCGAUACAACUUUUUCAACAGAAGGGAUCUGACAAUCCAGUGUUUCUGCCCAGUGAUCCACCUUAUACAUGGUUAAUGGCCAAAAUGUGGUACAACGUAGGGGACUCAAAUUAUCACCAAGCGAUAACUCAUCUAGGUUACACCCAUCUAGCAACGGAAGGCGUGUGUAUAGCGGCAAAUAGAUGUCUGUCUCCUUCCCAUCCCAUGUUUAAACUGUUGGCUCCACAUCUUCUCUACAUUAUUGCUAUCAAUGACCGUGCUAUCGACGUCCUUGUGUCUCCUGAAGGAUUUAUUGAUGAAGCAAUGGUGAUGGGAAGCAAGGGUGUUGUUGAACUAACAGCAAAAGGGUGA